AUGGCGCCACGUGCAGGAGUAAUGCUAUCACCUAUUCUUGUAGCUGUCCCCAUGGAUACACCGGGAGUAAUUGUGAAACAAUGGCCAACCGUUGCUUGAGCCAACCAUGCCAAAACGGCGCCUCGUGUGUGGACCUGGUGGGUUCGUUUUGGUGUUCUUGUACUUCUGGUUUCCAAGGCGUAAGGUGUGAAGCCGAUAUUAAUGAAUGCUUGAAUAGCCCAUGUGCCAGGGGCGCCACCUGUCGAAAUAGUUAUGGUGGAUUUCACUGCAGUUGUCCACGUGGUUUUACGGGAACAUACUGCCAGCUAGGAAUCAAUGAAUGUUCCAGCCAUCCUUGCCGAAAUGGUGGGGCGUGUGUUGACAUGGUGAAUUCUUAUCGAUGUUUGUGCUCUACCGGGUACUACGGGACAAACUGCCAAGUUAGAGACCAAUGUCGCAGCCAGCCCUGCCAAAAUGGCGCCACGUGCAUCAGUCAAACUUCCACCUAUUCCUGCAGCUGUCGUUCUGGAUAUACCGGGAGGAAUUGUGAAUCAGCUCUGGUGAACACAUUCCCAUACCGUCUUGUCGGUGCAAAAUUCAAUGGAAAAUAUGGUGGCAGAGUUGAAGUGUAUCAUAAUGGAGUCUGGGGAACAGUUUGCGAUGACGGCUGGGAUAACACUGAUGCCAAAGUUUUCUGCAAGUCCUUAGGUCUUUCCUAUUCCAGAGCACUUGGCCUACAAAGUGCGUAUUUCGGGCAAGGAAGAGGACCUAUAUGGCUGGACGAUGUCGGUUGCACAGGAUCAGAAUCCAACAUUGCAUCAUGUACUCACAGAGGUUGGGGGACUCAUAACUGUGGACACACUGAAGACGCUAGUGUUCUUUGUUAUUGAUGAUGCGAAUCUUGGAAAUAACU